CAAAAGCGGCUCUGUACAUGGCAAAAAGAAAAGUUCACCUUAGGCUUGGAUUUCCCAAAUUUGCCUUAUUAUAUCGAUGAUAAAGUCAAAUUGACACAAAGUACCACGAUUCUGAGGUACUUGGCUAAAGUAUAUGAUUUGGAAGGAGAAACUGAAGAAGAAAAACUAAGAGCCACGUUAGUUGAACAACAAAUCUCGGAUCUUCGCAUGUUCUUUUUCCAGAAGGUUGCUUACACAGAUUCUGAUGAAGCACAAAAAGAAGCUUUCAACGCCAUUCCUGGUAUGUUGAAACUUUAUGCUGAAUUUCUUGGGCGUAGAAAAUUCCUCGUCAGCGAUAAUAUCACUUACGUAGACUUUCUGGCUUAUGACGCUUUUGAUUUUUGUGUCUUGUUUUCAAAGACAGUUUUGGAUGACUUUCCGAACCUCAAGGCUUACCAUGAAAGAAUCGGAAAUUUACCUGAACUGCAAGAAUACUUCAGUUCAUCGAAAAGAUGGCCAAUUGUUGGAAAAUUAGCGCAUUGGGGAGGUAGUGGUGAAAUGCCAGAAUAGGUAUAAUGAGAGCUCCAAGAACAUUUUAUUCUGAUUAAAAAGAAAGAGAAAACUUAAUGUCUUUUUUAUUUACUAAGCAAUGCUUAUGUAAGUUUCUUUUAUGAAUGUUCAGUGGCAGUUAGAUCAAUAGAAAUAAAUAAUUAAAAUUAACGAAA